AGAGAAAUGAUAAUAAAUAUCUUUGUUUACGUAUUAAUGCAACAAGCAAUCUAAGCAUUUCUCCUUGUUCCCAAGGAUUCUGAUUUCACAAUCAAAAACAUACCUUUUGGCGUUGCAUCCAAAGCCAAUGGCAACCCCUUCCCAGCUACCAUCAUAGGUAUAUCAAAUUGAUCAAUCAAAAUAGGUGAUUCUGUGAUCAAUUUGGCCAAACUAGAAGCCUUGGGAUAUUUUAAUGGACCUCUGUUUUCCACUUUGGGAUCUAAGGUCUUUGACAGCGGAAACCUUAACAAAUUUGUUUCCCUUUCAAGACCAUAUUGGAAAGAAGUCAGAUCUUAGAUCUAAACUUUAUUCUCAUGUGGAAGCCAAUUAGAAAAUAAUUAAGAAGCGUUGGCUGAGAUUGUUACACCUGUUCAAGAUAGUAAUAAAUCAUAUUCUAUUUAGCCAAAAAUCAUUUACCAAUUACAAUUGGAGAAUACACUGAUUUUUAUUCCUCAAAGAAUCAUGCUUUCAAUAUGGGAUCUAUCAUCAGAGGUCCUGAUAAUGCUAUGCAACCAAAUUGGUACUAUUUACCUGUAGGAUAUCAUGGAAGACGAUCAUCAAUUGUUGUUGAUGGAACAGAUAUCAGGAGACCAUGGGGAUAGGUGAAGGCACCAACAGCUGAGAAGCCUUCUUUCACCAAAUGCAAGAGAUUGGAUUAUGAAUUAGAAAUUGGAGCUGUAAUUGGUGGAGCACCAAAUAACUUGGGAGAACCAAUUAAGGUGAAUCAAGCUGAAGAUAGAGUCUUUGGAUUUGUAAUUCUAAAUGAUUGGUCAGCCAGAGAUGUUUAAGUGUGGGAGUAUGUACCUCUUGGUCCAUUUGGAGCCAAAAAUUUUGCAUCUACAAUUUCACCUUGGAUUGUGUCCAUUGAAGCCUUAGAACCAUUCCGUAUUCAAUUACCAGAACAAGAUCCAGAACCAUUCGUCUACUUGAAAGAGCAAAAGUAAAUGAAAAGUUGAAUAAUUAGUCAUACAUCUUUUGAUAUCAGAUUGGAGGUGCUCAUUGGAACAGAAAAGAGUCCAGAACUAGAACAUUUCACUACAAGCAAUUUCAAAUAUAUGUAUUGGAGUGUGAAUUAAUAAAUUGCUCAUCAUUCCAUCACUGGUUGCAACAUUUAACCAGGAGAUCUCUUUGGAUCUGGAACAAUCUCAGGAACAACCAAGGAUGGAAGAGGAUGCCUAAUGGAAUAUACAUGGAAUGGAAAGGAGCCUUUGGUAUUGAAAUCAGGGGAGCAAAGAUUGUUUUUGGAGGAUGGAGAUGUCCUUGAAAUGAGGGGAUUUGCAGGAGAAGGAGAGUAAGAAUCAUUCAUAGUUUAGGAAUCGUGUCGGGUUUGGGAGAUGCAAAGGAAAGAUUUUGCCUGCUCUGGAUGAGGCUUAUUUCUAAUCAUGAAAGUUAAUUAUUAUCAAUAUUAAAAUUU